UUCGAGUCACAACAACGAAACCAACAACUGGAAUUAUCCAAACUGUGUUGAAUUGAAUGACAUGAAUACUUGAUAUAAUUAUCAGCUGAUCUCUCUCUUCUUCUUCUAUGUUAUGGUCAUGAGUGGUGAUUUCUUCUUAUGUGCUUCGCUGGAAGCUCGCUCAACCAGCCUCAGCCUCAGCAUCAAUUUCAAUUGCUUUCGAGCUCUCCCAAUAACUCAACACAUGUUCAUGUAUUCUCCAAAACCACUCGUAAUCGUUUCUACUCCCAAACGAAGAUUUCGUUCUAAAUCCAUUUCCUGCUCUGAUCACAAUUCUUCUUCGCCGGAUUUUAAUAUCGUUUCCUCUUCUGAGUGUUCAGACGGCAGCGUUUUGUUUCGGUUUGGACAUAAAAGAAAUGUACGAGUAGACAAACCGCCAGCUGAGGCUGCUGACGAAGAAGAUGAAGAAAAAGUAUCAGGUAAAGUAGAGAAUCUGGAAAAGGAAUGUUGUAAUGGUGAUAUUGUAAGUGAAAAUGUCGUUUAUCAUUUUAAGAGACGACCGGAAACACGUGAUCAAGUCACGCGCAAUGAUAGUGAAAACGAUAUUUCUGACUAUGUUGAUGUACAUUCUGACCGAGAUUCUAGUAGGAAUGCGAAUGGUGAGAUUUCAAGUCCAGUUACUGUGUCUGAGCAUAAUUCUGAACAUAGUGUAAAAGUAGAAAAUAGCGGAGCAUUUGAGGGUGAUUCUGAAAGAAAUGAUAAUAACCAAGUUAGCACGGUUGUUGUCGAUGCCAAAUUGGGGGUAGAAAACGUUGGUAGUUCUUUGGAAGUUUUGCAUGAUAGUGUCUCUGGCGAAAUAGCAACGCAAUUUUCUUCUUCCGGGUCUGAAUUAAAAAAAGAACCAUCAAAUAGUUAUGCAGCUCAUAGAAUUAGCGAAAAAACUGAGAGCCAGAGCCAGAGUGUAGAAAUUGUGCGAGUCUCUACCGCUGUGAAGAAAGAUAAUGUGGAUACAGUGAGUAACUAUGUCUCUGGUGAAGAUGAUGCUGAGGGUCAUGUGAUUGAAGAAACGCCGAAGUCAAUUCCUUUGGAAGCAGAUGCCAUUCCUGAUGAUGCAAUAACUCAUAGCCCAGUGGAUGAGUCUGUUGACACUCAUAGAAGUGUGAUUUCAAAAAUGGAAGAAAAAAUAACUGAGGACGAUGCUGUGGAAUUCCAAUCAGUUGAACCUACUUCAAAGAGGAAGGAAAUGCGAACAGCUGAUCUUUAUUUAUCUUCUGGUGCUGCUUUAUUGCAACAUCCUAAUAAGGCAUUGACAGGUGGGCGCGAUGCUUAUUUUGUAGCUUGCCAGAACUGGCUAGGCAUUGCCGAUGGAGUUGGUCAGUGGUCAUUUAAAGGAAUCAAAGCUGGGUUGUAUGCUCAAGAGCUCAUGGAAAAUUGUGAAAAGAUUGUAUCAGAAAUCCAAAACACUUCAAUAACUGAUCCAGUUGAAGUUCUUACCAGAAGUGCUGCGGAAACACGAUCUCCUGGAUCUACUACAGUUUUGGUCGCUUACUUUGACGGUCAGGCUUUCCAUGUGGCUAAUAUUGGUGACUCAGGAUUUGUAAUUAUAAGACAUGGUACUGUCUUUAAGAGGUCUUUUCCGAUGGUUCAUGAGUUUAACUUUCCGUUACUGAUUGAGAGAGGUGAUGAUCCCUCAAAACUUGUUGAGGUGCACAAAAUUGAUUUGAUUGAGGGUGAUGUAGUCGUGACUGGUAGUGAUGGGCUUUUUGACAAUCUAUUUGAGCAAGAAAUAGCACUUAUUGUCUCCAGGUCUCUGCAAGAUGGUUUUAAAGCUCAGGAAAUAGCAGAAUCCUUGGCCAUGAGAGCUCAAGAAGUUGGUCAGUCUGAAUCUGCAAGGAGUCCAUUUGCUAAUGCAGCUCAAGCAGCUGGAUAUGUUGGAUACAACAGUGGCAAGCUCGAUGACGUGACUGUUAUAGUAUCGUUGGUGGAAAAGAGAUCUACUUCUCACUUAUAGUGACUUGGGAUGGAAAAGGUUGUUAAUUCUUUGCUAAUGCUAAUAAUGAGAAAAUUGGCUGUAUUAUCUCCUUGGGUUGGCUUAGAUUCGCUAUGGUAUUUAGGUCAUAUAAGUUAACAAGAUCGUCAGCCAUUUUUUCGCUUAUUCUAAUAUGUGUUUAAUUGGGAAUUAGUGGUCGUCUAAAAUCAUAUUUCUGCUUUUUGUAUAUAAGCUGUCUCUUUAUA